GUAGUUCCCAGUGACCUGACUCCAGAGGAGCGGCAAGAGCUGGAGAACAUCCGACGCCGGAAGCAGGAGCUGCUGGCUGACAUACAGAGACUGAAGGAUGAGAUAGCAGAAGUAGCUAAUGAGAUAGAGAACCUGGGGUCCACAGAAGAAAGGAAAAACAUGCAGAGAAACAAGCAGGUAGCCAUGGGCAGGAAGAAAUUCAAUAUGGACCCUAAGAAGGGGAUCCAGUUCUUGAUAGAGAACGACCUGCUCAAGGACACCUGUGAAGACAUCGCCCAGUUCCUAUAUAAAGGUGAAGGGCUCAACAAGACUGCCAUCGGGGACUACCUGGGCGAGAGAGACGAGUUUAAUAUCCAGGUUCUUCAUGCGUUUGUGGAGUUACACGAGUUCACUGACCUUAACCUUGUUCAGGCGCUACGGCAAUUCCUGUGGAGCUUCCGGUUACCGGGGGAAGCCCAGAAGAUUGACCGGAUGAUGGAGGCGUUUGCCCAGCGGUACUGCCAAUGCAACACCGGGGUGUUCCAGUCCACAGACACGUGUUACGUCCUCUCCUUUGCCAUCAUUAUGCUGAACACCAGCCUGCACAACCCCAAUGUCAAGGACAAGCCCACUGUGGAGCGGUUCAUCGCUAUGAACCGAGGCAUCAACGAUGGGGGGGACCUGCCUGAGGAGCUCUUGCGGAACCUGUAUGAGAGCAUAAAAAACGAGCCCUUUAAGAUCCCCGAAGAUGACGGGAAUGACCUCACUCACACCUUCUUCAAUCCAGACCGAGAAGGCUGGCUGUUAAAACUCGGGGGUGGCAGGGUGAAGACUUGGAAGCGUCGCUGGUUCAUUCUGACUGACAACUGCCUGUACUACUUCGAGUACACGACGGAUAAGGAGCCCCGGGGAAUCAUCCCUUUGGAGAAUCUGAGUAUCCGAGAGGUGGAGGACUCAAAAAAACCAAACUGCUUCGAGCUGUACAUCCCUGACAACAAAGACCAGGUGAUCAAGGCCUGCAAGACAGAGGCAGAUGGGCGCGUGGUGGAAGGCAACCACACGGUGUACCGCAUCUCCGCGCCAACACCUGAGGAGAAGGACGAGUGGAUCAAGAGCAUAAGAGCGGCCAUCAGCAGGGACCCGUUCUACGAGAUGCUGGCCGCGCGCAAAAAGAAGGUCUCCUCCACCAAGAGACACUGA